AGAGAACCGUUUAAAACAGACUAAUCCCUUAUGCAGUCAUUCGCUGCUCUCCUCUAAUAGGGCCCCUCUACCUCUUCUAGAAUUCGAUCCCAGGAUGCUCCUUGCCGCGUGUUGCCUGCACUGAAGCCCCAGGGACCCCAAAAGAGUGGGAUGGCCAGAGCGAGCAGUCCUCCGAGGCAGCUAUCGUCGCUUUCGCCGCUGAGACUGCUGCUUCUGCUGCUGGGAUGCUGCCUCCUCGUGGCAGCCAGGAAAGACAGGGGGGCAGCUGGUAGGAAGGCGGUCCCGGCCUCGGGUCUCACGGGCGGUUCCUCGGGUCGCUUCGUGAGCCCGGAGCAGCACGCGUGCAGCUGGCAGCUCCUGGUGCCCUCCCCGGGGACGCCGACCGGCGGCGAGCUGGCCCUGCGCUGCCAGGCUCCGAGCGGGGCUAGCCUGCACUGCGCCUACCGCGGGCAUCCCGAGCGCUGCGCGACCUCCGGGGCCGGGCGCUCGCACUACUGGAGACGGCUGCUGGGAGCGCUGCGCAGGAGACCGCGACCCUGCCUGGACCCCGCGCCGCUGCCACCGCGCCUGUGCGCCCACAAGAAGGCGGUCGCAGAGCUGCACCCGCCGGCUCGCCCCACCCUGUCCGUGAAUCCCGCGGAGCAGCUCCGUCCCAGAGCGCGGAGCCGUGCCCGGCCGCGACAGCCAAUGUGGUCCUCGAGCUCGCCGCCCGAAGGGAAGCCCUCGAGGGCGAAGACCAGUGCGGGCAGGAGGAAGGCUGGCUCGGACCCGGUCCCGAAGCCUCCCGCGGUGGCUGGGCUCCAGCCAGACGGGCUGGACCAGAAUGCCGAGCUCACUGAGACCUACUGCGCCGAGAAGUGGCACUCUCUCUGCAACUUCUUUGUCAAUUUCUGGAAUGGCUGAGGCUGCGGGUCUG